AUGUAUCCUUCUAGUUACGUCCCCCAGGCAGCUCUAAGAGGCCGGAAAGGCUCAGUCAAGUCUGCACAAAACGACUGGUCGUUCGUGGAGAUUUGUAUCGAAUGCAAGACAGAGCCGGAGGCACUCGAUCCAUUCGACGAUAGGAACGACGACGGGCAACCCACCUCGAAGGACCGCAAGGGCGUCCUCGGCCAAAUUCUUUCGUACGCCGAGUUCGUCUUGACUAGGCAACAACGCACGUGCGUCUUCAUGAUCCUUCUCCUCGGCGACCUCUGCCGCCUCGUACGCUUCGACCGGUCGGGGGCCAUCGCAUCGCAGAAGUUCAACUACAAGACCAACGGCGGGGAUCUCAUCGAGUUCUUGUGGCGCUAUGCUCGAUGCGACACGGCUACCCGGGGCCAUGAUCCUUCCGCCGAGCGUAUCAGUCCCGACUCAGAGCUCGGUAAGAAGAUGCAGGACCGUGCAACGAAAAAGGCUGGCGCGGGGCCUGAGGACUAUGUCCGCGAGAUGUUCGAGGAGUCUUUGAAGACGGACUGGUCAUGGUGGAAGCUUCGCGUCGACGGAGAGCGCGGUGUUGUACGUCACUUCCUUGUCGGCGAACCGAACUUUCAAGCACCUGGCGUCGCGGGACGCGGAACACGUGGCUACGUUGCCCUCGACGCGGACAACCUCGACGGGCCAUUCUACUACCUCAAGGAUGCCUGGCGAGUCGUGAGCCGUCACAUCGACGAGGAAGGCAAUAUCCUGCAGUUCCUCAACAAGAAAGGUGUCCAGUACAUACCCACACUCGAAUGCCACGGGGACAUCAUGACGCCGACAACGCAGUUGACCAAGACAAAUCAGUUGUGGAAAGACCUGCACAGGCGCAAGAAAGGCGCUGUUUGUCCGUUCAAGAAGCACCAGCACUACCGCAUCGCGGUCAAGGAAGUAGGCCAAGAAAUGGCCAAGUUUGAUCGUGGUCGACAACUAAUACACGCGCUGUGGUGCUGCAUAUAUGCACAUUCGCAAGCUUACAAGGCAGGUAUCAUCCAUCGCGAUAUCAGCGCUGGCAAUCUCUUGCGCUACUUUGACCAGAGCACCGGGCAAUGGUGCGGGCUCCUCAAUGAUUGGGAAAUGUCGAAGAAUACGAAUUCUAAGCGUCCUGAAGGGCGCCAGCUCGACCGCACAGGCACUUGGCAGUUCAUGUCUGCUGCCGCACUUGAAGCACCUACGAAACAGAUCGCCGCCGAGGAUGAGCUCGAAUCCUUCUUCCAUGUUCUACUGUUCCUCGCCAUCCGCUUUCUCAGACACAACUGCGACAAUGUGGCCGACUUCAUGCACGCCUACUUCGACGACUUCAGCACCCUCAACACCGGUCGCUAUGGCUGCGGAAAUAUGAAGAUGCUCUGCAUGACAAACGGACGCAUUGCUAUCAAGAUGGAUGGUGGGACUGUCGUUUCGCUCCUCGAGUUCAUUUGGCCGCCGUCUGCCGACAAUCCCGCCGAGGUCGAGACACGCACACACCCCAUGAACAAACUCCUUCAGACCAUCCUGGGGUGGCUGCAGGCGCACUACUCCCUCAUGCCCGUUGCCAACACCAGUGCAGACAAAACGGCGCCCCCAGCUCCGACGGCCGCGGCAGAGGAGUCCGACGACGAAGAAGACCUACUGCUCGCGGGCAGGCCCCCGCGAGACCCGAAAUAA